CGGAGAGAGGUUCAUGGACAGUGGACCUCUGCACUCGGUUGGUGCUGAAAAUAUGUAUCGGCUUCGGGCACCUCCGUACAAUCUACCUGCCGAUAUCGUUCGUGUCUUGGAUUAAAACACGCCUAGCCGUUUUCUAAACACAUGCACCGAAGGCCUCGACCAGUGAAAACGAACAGCUUAGAUACUUAUCUUUUAGGCGUAUACUGUACCGUAAUGGAGAAGGACAAUGUAGCUAUCUAGCCAAAUUGCUAACACAGAGGACCCAGCACCAAAACUUCGUAUGGAGAUUAAAACGGUUAUCAAUCUAAUCUAUCAACGGAGGACAUUCAACCGUUUUGGGAUUUAUUCAGUCACGGAGCCGGUGUGAAUCCAUAUAGCUAACGUUACAGGAGCUGUGUCCCAGCAGACAUCCAGAGGCCCUGCCACAACAUAUCUGGCUAAAGAGAAGAAGAGGAGGAUCACAAGUCACACCACAGCGGGGGCGGAGACAGCGACCGUGCCUGUAGGAAAACCUGUUGGAUUCAAAUUCUCUUUCUUACAGAUUAUCACACUGCUCUCCUAACUGCCACCCUCCCCCUUCACACUCACACAGACGGAGAGACGGACACAAACAGAAUCACACACUGACUCAGACAGUAGAGACGGAUAGACAGAGGCUAACACCGUUAGACACACACAGAAACACACACACAGAAUCACACACAGAAUCACACGCACUCCUCUAGAAGUAGCCCUAGAGAGUCACAUAAACGUCUCGCAGCCACUCAGACUCGUACUCCGAGACUCAGUUGGUUCUCAGGGGUCGUGGUGGGAGGGUGUGCCCCCCCCCCCUCUCGUUGCACUCCGCUGGGGGACGGAAGUAGAGGAAUGGUCCUGGGGGAACGGCUGGCUGGCUGCCUCGCUCAGUGAGACGGAGGCUUAUGUAACUAACAGCCCGCCUCAUCUUUCUCUCCUUGGCUAGCUAACACAGCUGGGCCUUGAGUCUACAGACACUGGGGAGGAGCUCAUCAGCCCCCAACUAGGGAAUACAGCUUCCAGCUUCUAAUCUUCAGGCCUUCAUCCUUCCUCUCUGGGUUCAACUUCACAUAGCUUUUUUUUUUGUCCUUUUUUUUUUUUUCUCUACCAUUUUUCAGCAGGACCUUUUAAGGGUGUUUUGGAUAUGUGUACCCUCACGGACACCUCCAGGUUACAGGGACACACACAAUUUGACCUGUGCACACGUCUUCUUCGACACACACCUGUAGCAGGUGGGAUCGGCCUCUGAGACUUCCUGCUUGUCUCCCAUUGGCUCAGGGAUGCCCCGACCAGGAAGAACAAAGUCUGAGAGUCCGUCUACGAGCACAUUGGCGUUUUUUAAGACGCUGUUUGGACUGAAGGGACAGCCCUUUAAUUAGUAAGGAAACUAGCUGACCUCCAGAGUAACUUUAGGACUGCUUGAUAUUCGUCUCCGCUGGGUUUUUUUUUUCUCAUCUGACGAUUGAGCCGACCAGGGAGCAAAAUAACCAGAGACAAGAAUCCCACUUGGCCACAAUCAAAGGCCAUUUUGCUAUGCCUUUCUCUCUCCCUUGGUUUUUCCCUUUCCCUCAUUAUGCAUAUCAACUACCUGUUUACACACUAGACCAGCUACAGUCAUAGCCUACCUUUCUAUCAAGGCAAAAAAAUAAACGAUUAAGUUGCGACCUUUUACCUGCGACAAAUCAAAAACCUUGCAAUCAAUCUCUACCUCUCAAUCGCGUCAUACCCUUUGAAAAAGUCUGUGUCAGAACCAAAUCCAUACUCAGUCGCUCUACAUCCCAGACCGAGUAGUGUACAGACCGACCAGUCGACAGAGCGUCCAAAACAAUCUGUCAUCUUAGUCUGGACGGGGAGAAGGUUAUUGGGUCAACGUCAUUGAACUGGACCAGAGAUCUUUGAAAUAUGAAGUUAUUGAUACGGGAUUUCAUUGAACAGGGAAUGUAUAGCAGGUCAACCAAGGCGAUCUGCCUCAUCCUCUGUACCUAACUGACAUUAUGACGCCCGAAGUUGAGUUGUGUUUUUGAAACCAUUUAUGAGUCUAGGGGACUAGAUGAGAGUAAGAUUGUAAUGAAAUUAAGAAGAAAUGUUAAAAGUUAAAACCGCUUUACUAGGACAUCCUACUUAUUUUCUUUUGAAAAGGGAGCGUCCAAGAUUUUUAUAUACCACACCCAAACAAUCAAGCCAUAUCACAGCUUUUUAUUUUUUAUUUUUUUGUUGCACUAUUUUUUUUUUGUAUCGUAAAAUUACUAAGCCUUCAAUUAAGUUAUUUACCUCUCGCACGCGCACAUUUCUUGAUAUUCCUCUUUUAAAAUGUCAAGAUAUUGACCCAAAUCCACUGUAAGGAACCAUUUUAAAGACUUAAGAAAAACCAAGCAAAUUUAAAAGUAUCAGCCUUGAGAUUGACACACAACUGAGCAGAAGUUGUUGUCGUCCUCCUAUAUAAAGCCAGUAGUUCGAGCAUAGAGCGGCAACGCCUCAAUCUUACGAGAACACGUCUUUAAAUAGUGGCUCUGUUUAUCUUCAUGUUCCAGUCUACUUUUAUGUUGUCCGGAGGACAGCAAAACAAAAGCCUUAUCGUGGAGUCUCUUUAAGCCUCUAGUGGCUAGCAGAGUGCAUCUCAAUCAAAUACCCCCUCUGUCUCUGUCUUACCCCCUCCUUUCAGAUACCCUCCGUCUUAUCUUACCACCUCCUCUUAGACAAGGCCAAAGGUCAAGUUGAAUAGGCAUCAAACAACUUCGCGCAAAGGGACAGAGUUGUUUUAUGAACACACGGUUUAGGGAGGGCCAAUCUACCCUUUCUUUCUUUUCAUCCCCCUCUUUCCGGUGAACAUGCAGAAACGUGGGUCUUCUCUCGUCCUGGUCCGAUUGAGAAGGGGACUUCUCUACCUCCCUCUCUAACCCCUUCAAUCCCUCUUUCUCUCUCUGUGCUCUUUCUCUUCAUCUCUCCCUCCCUCUUUAUCUAUAAUCCCUCCAUCCACACACCCCAAACAAAUCCUCCCUACCCCUCAUCCCCACCCUCCCUGGUUGGGGUAAUUCCACCGUCCCCCCUCCCCUCUACCCCCCCCCCCCCUUCCUGAGUAAUCAAAGGCAUUAUAGCCCCCCUCCCCUCUCCCCCUGUGUGAUGCCGGGUAGCAGUAAGAGUGGGGGUGCAGGUGGCCUCCCCUCGCCUCCCCACACCGCCUCCCCGUCCCGGCCACUUCGCCCGUCCCGCUACGUGCCCGUGUCGGCGGCGACGGCCUUCCUGGUGGGAUCCACCACGCUCUUCUUCUGCUUCACGUGCCCAUGGCUGUCGGAGCAGUUCUCGGUUGUCGUGCCGAUCUACAACGGUGUCGUCUUCCUGUUCGUCCUGGCCAACUUCUGCAUGGCCACCUUCAUGGACCCGGGCAUCUUCCCCAGAGCGGAUGAGGAUGAGGACAAGGAGGAUGAUUUCCGCGCUCCGCUCUAUAAGACGGUGGAGAUCCGAGGCAUCCAGGUCAGGAUGAAAUGGUGUUCCACCUGCCGCUUCUACAGACCGCCCCGCUGCUCACACUGCUCCGUGUGUGACAACUGUGUGGAGGACUUUGACCACCACUGCCCGUGGGUGAACAACUGUAUCGGCCGGAGGAACUACCGUUACUUCUUCCUCUUCCUGCUGUCCCUGACGGUCCACAUCACGGGAGUGUUUGGCUUCGGCCUGCUCUACGUCCUCUACCACACACAGCAGCUGGACAGGGUCCACUCUGCCGUCACUAUGGCAGUGAUGUGUGUGGCUGGUCUCUUCUUCAUCCCGGUGGCUGGUCUCACUGGCUUCCACAUGGUACUGGUGGCCCGCGGGAGAACCACCAACGAGCAGGUGACGGGGAAGUUCAGGGGAGGAGUGAACCCUUUCACUAAUGGCUGUUGGAAGAACGUUUCUCACGUGCUCUGCAGCUCCCAAGCCCCCAGGUACCUGGGUAGGAAGAGGAAGCCUCACGGUGUGGUUGUCCAGCCUCCGUUCCUCCGGCCACAGCUCACUGACACCCAGCUGGCCGCCAAGGUCCUCGACAACGGUAUCCACGGAGACCUUCACCGGUCUAAGAGUAGUCUGGAGAUGAUGGAGAGUCAGUCGUGUGAUGCGGAGCCCCCUCCUCCCCCCAAACCGGAGCUCAGGUACCCCGGCCUGUCCAGAGGCCACCAGGAACAACACACCGAGGAGAGUAGUCUUCUGAACAAAGCCCCGCCCACACCCACCAUGUAUAAAUACAGGCCGACCUAUAGCAGUCCGGGAAAGAACCACACUGCCCUCACUCAUGCCUACGCCAACCAGAUGAGUCGAGGGGACAGUCUGAAGGAGUCGUCUUCUCUGCUCCAGUCCAGCCAGCAGCCUGGCUUCCGCUCUGAACCCAGCCUGGAUGGGAAAGAGGCCCCAGGGGAGAAAGGGGGAGGAGGAGGAUUGGGAGGAGGUGGAGACAGACCUGGAGGAGGGGGGUCAGUAGGGGGGGCACCAGGGUCAGGGGGUGGCGGUAUCCCCGGUUACUCCCUUGGGGGACGUUCCUACCCCUCCUUUUCAGACCCAACGGUUCUAUCUUCCGGUGGAGGGGGAGGGGCUUCCCGUUCUUCCAGCGUGCGUUCUGGCUCCGCCCACAAUGCGGCCCACGUCUCCGAGGCGACGACCUCCACGAGCUACAAGAGCCUGGCCAAUCAGACGCCUCCUCCGCGCAACGGCAGCCUAUCGUACGACAGCCUGCUCACGCCCUCCGAGAGCCCCGACUUUGAGUUGGCCGCACGCGACAUGUCGCCCGGGCGCCACCGUACCCCCGCCCCGCCCCCCGUCCUGGGCUACUCCUCCCCCUACCUGUCGGCCCAGCUCAGCCAGCAGAGAGACGCAGAGCUCCACCAGCCCUCCGCCUCUUCCGUAGCCCUCCUUUCCUCCCCACACCGCGCCCACUAUCUCCGCGCCUCCUCCCCCUCCUCCCCCCUGCCUCCCCCUGAGAGGGAGCGACUCCUCCAGGAAUCGCACUCCCACUCCCACCACUCUCAGCCCCCUCCCUCCUCCGCGGCCCCCCAACCCCCCCACCCACACCACCACCACCACCACAGCAGCCACAGCUCCAGACCCCCCCGCUUCUCCCGGCCCCCGCUCCUGUCCGACUCGGCCGCCCCCCACCAUUACCCGUACCGCACCCGGUCCACGGACACCCCCCUGGCCCCCUCCACGCACCCCCCGCGCUCCCCCCACCCCCCGCCGCUGGGGAAGUCUCUGUCGUACUCUUCGGCGGCGGCGGCGGCGAUGCAGUACCGGAUGGUGCGCAAGGCGUCGGCCGGAGGGGGAGGGGGGGGCGGGAUCCAGGCACCUAAGGACGAGAUUCAGAUGGAGUUGCUCAGCCGAACGAACGGGCAGCCCAGGUCCUCCCUUUCCUCCUCAGGCUCCACCCCUUCCUCCCCCUCUCACCCAAUCAGCAUGUCCACUCGCCCCGGACAGGCCUAUCCCAGCCCUGGAAACACCCAGAGCCCCGCCCACAAGCUGGGGGGCGGGGUGAAGAAGGUGACGGGCGUCGGCGGGACCACCUAUGAGAUUUCAGUCUGAGUUUGACGGACGGUCACUCCGACUAAUGGUGUCAGGGGUUGGAGGUGAAGGAGGGGUCAGAGAUGGACUGAUGAUAUUUCUGCCUCUCGAACCCUUCAGGAGAGAGGAAAGCUUUUAAUGAACAGACGUUUUAAAAGUUGGGUGAUGAGGAAGAGUGAAACAACUGACUUUUCUUGCUCUUCUUCCAAAUGCGAUGGAGUCCGGACUUCCUCUCUCGUUCAGAGACCUCCAGUCAAGGAACUACAGAACUAAUCGGGAGGAAGUUGUUUAACCAGUCACAUUCAAGAACACAAUGCACCAUUAUGACAUGGUGGGCGUAUGGGCCCAGGGAUCCAAUCAUACCCCUUAAGAGGCGGGACUCUUUGACAAUCUACCAAUUUCUGGGCGGGUUGAACUCUGUGGGAAUGAUUGAGUGACAGGUAUGACUGGGUUUGCCUUUUAUUGGAUAAAACAAGGAAGAUCAACAUGGCUGCGUUUACACAGGCAGCCGAAUUCUGAUCCUUUUUUUUUUACCAAUCUGAUCAGCUCUGAAAAAGAGCUGAUGUAAAAGGAUCUGAUCUGAUUGAGCAAAAUAAAUCUGAGUUGGGCUGCCUGUGUAAACAGAGCCCAUAUUUUUGAAAAAGAAAUGUGCUUUCAUUCAUUCAUAAAUGUGUAAUGAUUAAUUCUCUGUACAGAAUUAUAUGGUUUGGAAUUUAUGGUGACUUCCUCCAAUCAGUGGCAUUUAAAGGUUACAGCGGCAUGCUCCAGCCACUUUUGACCACUGUGAUUGGCUAGUGAUCUCGCUGCCAUUCUCUCUCGACCAAUCAGAAAUGGAGAUGCUAAACUGUAGUAGACGGCAGGGUCUUUGGUAGAGUUUGUUUUGCCUGGCUCAGUGCCCCGGGUGGAUGGAGAUUUCACUUAAGGACCAAUGGAAUGGUUAAAAAAAUAAAAUAUCGUUGGGUCUGUACUUUAAAGAUGGAGCAGCCUUUUCUAAACAAACUUUGGGGCAUUGGCCUUGAAAAGGAGAGGUGUUUUUUUAUUUUACUUAUUUAAUUUCAAAAUGUUAUUUUAUAUGAAUUUCUAUAUAUAUAUAGCUGUUGAUAAGAUCAAGAUUUUUUGUUGAAUGGCCUGAUAGAGUUUUUCUGGUUUGAGUUAAUUUCAGAAUUGUAACCAAACAGGAAAAAACUGUUGCCGUGUUUAUGUGCUAGUCGGAACUUGGACAUUUCUGACUUGCUAACUGGCUAACAAGUGCCGCGUUUAACCAGUUAGCAAGUCGAAAAAGUCAGUUUCCCAGUUCCGAUUUAGCGUUAGAGCGCGGCUCAGUUGUAUUGAUGGCUGCACCAGUCAAUCAGAGGCUGGGUUUUGAGUCUUCAGCCAAAGAGAGUAGCUGGACAAUUUUAUAUGGUUCAGCAAAUGGGAACCAAUGUAUUUGAUAAAAUAAGGCGAUGUAGCAUUUUGAAGUCCUUUGAUACACAGUAAACCACUCGACUUCUCGCGGGGCAUAUUUCAGAGAUAAGUUAUCGUUGUACCUUCUGAUUGUUGAAAUGGCACCCUAUUUACUAUAUAGUGCACUACUUUUGACCAGGACCUAGAAGGCUCUGGUCAAAAGCCGUGCACUACGUAGGGAAAAGGGAGCCAUAACACACACAACCAAUGUUUUGUUUUAUUGGACCAGAUAAUAACAUCUCCGGUUGCCACUAGCUGACCUAUCUGGAAACUAGCGAGGAUCACAUGCUUUGCCGUGACCAAUCCGCAGAGAGCAAGAGAUUCAUAUCAGCCUACUCUUUUAUUCGUGAAUGGUUAAACCAAUGAGAUGAACAGCUGGGGAAAUCAUUUUUAUAUUUAUUUUUUACUUUCCUUUGCAAGAUUUUAGGACAAUUUACAGGGCAUUGCUUUAGACUGACAGUUUGUUUGACCAGUCAGGAGCGUAGAAUGAAACUAAAUGGGCUAGGACUAAAAGAGCACGUCGCCCAAUAAGGCAAAGACGUUUGACUGCCAUCAGGAACAGCCAAUGCCCUUGCAGAUGAUGUUUAGACAAGUACGAGCCCGGGACUUGGGUGUUUGAAAUUAAAAAUUAAAAAAAGAUAUGUACUGUAUAGCUGUGUGUGUGGGCGUGUGCGUGUGUGUUUGAGCAUUGGUAAUAAAGUAUUUAAAACCAAA